CAUCAAUCAGGUGUCAUGGCGUUGAAGCAUUACGUGGGGACCCUAUUGAUCUUGUGUUUGUUCGGCUUCUUCAAGGAGCUUAAGCCUUCUGAGCCCUACUUAACCGAGUAUUUGACCGGUUUCGAGUACAAGAACCUGACCAAAGACGAUGUGUACCAGAAAGUGUAUCCUGUGUGGUCUUAUGCAUACUUCUUUGUACUUAUUCCCGUGUUUCUCCUCACGGAUCUGGUUCGGUAUAAACCCAUGAUCAUGUUCGAGGGACUGGUUUAUGUGGUCACGUGGGUGUUACUACUCUGGGCAGAAGGCGUGGUGGCCAUGCAAGUCAUGCAAUUCAUUUAUGGCAUGGCCACUGCAUCCGAAGUUGCUUACUACACUUACAUUUAUGCCAAGGUUCCAAAAACAGAUUACAUGCGAGUGUCCAGUUUGACACGAUUUUCCAUUUUGAUGGGAAAAUUCGUGUCGGGAUUGCUCUCUCAGCUCUUAGAUACGUUUGAUGUGGUCGAUUAUAGAGAGCUGAAUUAUAUCUCUCUCGGCGGUGUGAGCACAGCUUUCAUUCUGUGCAUCUUUCUACCCAGCAUCAAGACCAGUAUUUAUUUCCAUCACAAAGACCCAGAUAACGAUACUCUCCAAGAACCCAAUGGACAUAAGGAUCGAGGUCUUUGUUUCCGUGCCUCCCAGUUACUCUGGAAUCACGCCAAGGACUCGUAUCGACAGAAUUACGUGAUCAAAUGGUCCAUUUGGGUGGCCGCGUCCACUUGCCUCAACUUUCAGAUCGGGAAUUACAUCCAACCCUUGUGGCAAGAGAUCCAAGUCGACCAGGAGGACUCUGAAUUAUUCAAUGGUGGAGUGGAGGCAGUCACCACUCUCUUGGGAGCCCUCAUUGUGGCCUUGGUAGGCUUAGUGAAGUUUAAUUGGAGCAAGUCUGGGGACUACGCCAUCUUACUCAUCUCGGUUUUGGGAGCCAUCGUUUUGGCGGUGAUGAGCCAAACUCAAUCCAUUUGGGUGGCUUACGUAGGUUAUAUAUUGAUCCGGAUGUCUUACCAACUCCUUAUGACUGUGGCCAGUUUUGAGUUGGCCUCCCACAUUCCCAAUGAUAGCUCUGGUCUCGUCUUUGGCCUCAACACUUGGGUGGCCCUCGGCCUUCAAUCCCUAUUAACCUUAGCCGUGGCUGAUUCUGUUGGCUUGGCCUUACCCAUACGGGACCAGUUUGUGGUUUACGCGAGUCUCUAUGGAUUGGUGGGCGUGUUCUUUGCCUCCUACUUCCUACUCAAAGCUUACUGUGACAUGAAACGAUAACGAAAAGACGGGAUGUAGAAAGAAGGUCGGUCUGUGUACGAAUGCAAGAGGAACACUCACUUUAGAAAUAAAAUCGGAGAUGUUCACUGA